AUGUCAACGCCAAGACUCAAGCCUGUGGUCACCACUUCUGAUCGUCAAACGAUCAUUUCCAAAGAACAACCCGGAUUCAACGAACAAACAUUAUCACAAAAACUCGACCAAUUAUCUCCUUUUAAACAGCAUCCACAACAAUCCAAAUGGUCAGAGAUCAAUCCAACGACGACGACAACAACAUCAUCAUCAUCCAUAGAACGGACUGGUUCACAGACGAAUGGAAUGGAUUUUGAUUUAGUUCCUGACUAUUUAUGUGAAACAAACCCGUUGUUUGAAAAAAGCAUCCAGUGCGUGUUGCCAUCAGCAACGAAUCUCGAAGAAUUAAGAGAUGUUGCUAUUCUUAUUCAUAAAAUUAAAUCCGUUGAACUCGUACGUUCUCUUUGGAUUGUUUAUCAAAAAUCAGGAAUGGGCUCCAUGCUAUCACCGUUUCCAAUCAAUCCAACUGAUGCAAAAAUUUGGCCAAAAGAAGUUCAAUCUUUGAUGAAGCAACAAUUACAAGAUCUAUCUAUCAAUGAGGAUUAUGCUCGUUUCAAUUUUGUCAAUCAUUGCCUACAUGAAUUGAACAUGAAAUUUGAUCGAUAUCGACACGAAUUACAUCUGAAAACGAAUCGCUUAGUUGGUUAUCAUCAUCAAAUCGAAAACCACAUUGAAAUGUUUAUUCAACGUGGAAUUCAACCACAAAAAUAG